CCGUCGUAUUUUCCUCCCCUCCACCGCCUGCUUCAACACUGAGACACUCGAGAUAAACAAGCGCAAAAAAAGGGGUCGUUGAAGGGACCGGUCCGGCUCCUGUGUCCCGCUUAUCACCAGCCGAUGGACAGAGGGGCUUACACCGAGCCUAAGUUACCAUCAGUAAAGCCCAAACCUCCCGUCAGUCUGAGCACAUAUCAUUGUAAACUUUUUAAAUCCUUCGCUGCAUAAACUGCGCUCCGACAAAGCGAGAAUUUCCUUCACAACUGCAGUGAGAGCCACAAGUGGACCCAUGGACAUGUUGCGCUGUCCUCCGUUCUCAAGUCCUGGUCCAUAGUUAACCAGAAGCAACCAGUUUUCACACUCGCACGACGUACAUUCUUCCCCACCUUCUGGUCAAACCAUGGCAAGCAAGAGGAAAUCCAAGGUUCCUUGUAUGAUCCCAAGCAAGAUAAUACGCCAAGCAGAGGAGGUUGAACAAGACUCUCCUGUCUCCUUGCAUCAGUCAAGGAUAUCUGGAGGGGGCAGACAUAGCCCCCUCGAUCCAAAACAGUGUUCAAAACCCGAGGCGGGGGACGCUGUGAAAGACGGCGCUGGCACUUACACCUGUAGGCCUUGUACCUUUGAAACCCAUGACCUUAACUUGUUCUUGGAUCAUGUGUACUCUGGUCACCCUGACUUCCGUGCGGACCCCAGCUUCUUUUGUGUGAGCUGUGGGGUUUCCGCGCCCAAGUUUGAGGGGCUGGCCCUGCAUAAUGCCAGGGUACACCCAAGCACUCUGAACACAACUCUGCAGCUGAGGAAGAAGGACAGGAGAGUAGUAGUGGAACAGAAUCUGGUGACUGGGGGAGAAACGGGGAAGGACAGUGAGAUUUCCAUCACUAAAACACCAAUUAUGAGGAUGCUGAAGGGGAAAUCCGAACCUAAACGGAUAGUGGUGUCUCACCCAGUCUCGGAUGAGCCUUCCUUAGACCCCCACUCUAGUUCUGCAUCCAGGGAGAGUGAGAGAAAGGAGACCGCUGCAGUGACAGUAACCCAUGUUCCCACAAUUGUUCACAACGGAACGACCAAGGUCACGCUGCCCUCUGCAAUCCAGAUAGUUAACGGCUCUGGAGCAUUGCCAAUGCUCAAAACUCCCAUCACACAGGUGGUCUCUGUGGUUCAAAACAGAACCUUUAAUCAAUCUGCAUCAAUCACAGCCUCCACAAACGCUUCCUCCACCUCCUCGCAUUCUUCCUCCAAAAAUCUCCCCAAGGUGAUGAUUCCAUUGAGCAGCAUUCCUACCUACAGUGCCUCCAUGGAUUCCUCUUCCUUUUUGAAGACCUCCUUCAGUAAGUUCCCGUACCCCACCAAGGCCGAGCUCUGUUACCUGACCGUGGUCACAAAGUUCCCCGAAGAGCAGAUCAAGAUCUGGUUCACCGCGCAGAGACUCAAACAAGGCAUCAGCUGGUCUCCUGAGGAGAUCGAAGAGGCGCGGAGGAAGAUGUUUAACACCAUCAUCCAGACGACACCUGCAGGCUCGCAGAACCACAACCAGAGUCACCGCAGCCAGGCUCAGCACACAAUCACAGUCCUGCCUGCCUCUCUCGGGGCUGCUGGGAUCCCUCAAUUCCUGCAGGGCUCUCUCGUUGGCCAGGGAGGGGUAAUUGUUACGCAGCCUGUGAUGGCAAACGGUAUCCAGGUUAGCAGUGCUCCCGUGGCCCUGGCUGUCACGCCGAAGCCCCAGGCAGCAGCGCGCCCAAUGAUGCAGGCCCGUCCUGCUGCGGCCCUGGUGGCAGAUAAAGGCAUCAGCAUGGUGGUGGGGACAGUGGGGAGCAGCAGCAGCACUGCAAGCCACAUCAUUACCAGUAAUAGUAGUAGGAGUGGGGGAGGAGGAAGUAUUAUUACAAGCAGCCAAGCCAGUGUCAUCAACCUUAGUCUUGGAAGCAGUAAUCACAGUAAUGCAAAGGGGAGCAGUGUCAAUGGUAAACACAGAGGGGCAAAUGCUGACUGCAAUGACAAGAAAAAUAGUAAUGUAAGCAGCCAUGUAAAUGCCAAGAACACUGAUAGCAGCAAAGCCAACAACAGCACUGGGCAGAGUAACAACACAGAGAGCAAAAACAGUACAGACAAAAAAUCUAAUAACGGUAACAGCAGAACAGUCAGUGAUGAACAGAAGAGCAAAGAUACCAACAGUAGCAGCGAAAAAAACAACCCAACCAGUACAAGCACAGACGAAGUGGACCCUCCCACCAGCGAUUCUCCCACCAUAAGAAUGGAGGAUGCUUCUUCCCCCGCAUCAAAGUCUUCCUCUCCAGCUCCUUCAAGCAGCACGCCUGGCUCUCGGACUCCCGUUAACUCUUUCCUGGACCCGAGCUUUUACAAGGGCAAGAAGUCACAGGAGCAGCUCAACGCUCUGAAGGACAGCUUUCAGACCGGCCAGUUUCCCGACCAGGAGGAAGUGGACCGCCUCAUCUCCAUGACCGGGCUCACGGUGCGAGAAGUCCGCAAGUGGUUCAGUGACCGGCGCUACCACUUUCGCAACCUCAAAGGUCCGCGCUCCAGCACAGGUGGACAGAGUAAGUCUGGCGGUGCAGCGGGAGCAGGUAGCGGUUCAAGUACGCCUGGGAGUGGUGCUGCUGGCGGUGCCAACCCUGUGGAUCUGUCUGACAGCGGCAGCAGUUCUGGCUCAAAAACGCCCCAGCACAGUUCUGCACCCCUGAGUCCAACUGCAUCACACACUCCCACUUCUCCCACCACGCCUUCCCGCCGGAACCCAAGACCUCCGUCACCUGAUUUCACGGCCAUCCGCUACAAGGAGAGAGAACCUCAUCAGGUGAAGGCUCUAGAGACGAGUUUUGCCCAGGACCCUGACCCACAAGGAGAGGAGGUGGACAGGCUGCGAAGUGAGACCAAGAUGACAAGACGGGAGAUCCACGGCUGGUUCGCUGAGAGGAGGAAGAGAAUGGCAGCUGAGAAAAGGAAAGAGGAGGCAGAGCGGGUGUUGAGACAGGAGGAGGGGGAGAAUGACGGGGAGGAGAGACAGAAAGAGGACAGUUCGGGAGAACUUAAAGUCAACCCCAUUAAGAUCAAUCUGAAGAUGCUCAAAGUGACUGAAGCCAAUGGCAAAGCUGAGGGCGAAGGGUCGGACAGCCCCACUUUACCCCUUCAGUCCAGCAGCACGCCUGCAUCUUCCCCAUCAUCUACCCCAAAACCACCCCAGUCCUCCACCCCUACACCCAAAACCUCCAACUCCCCCAAACCGUCAACCAUUCGAGGUAAGAAGACAGCAGAGCAGCUGCAACUGCUCAAACAAGUCUACGCACGGACACAGUGGCCAAGCGCCACUCAGUACGAUGAACUGAUCUCAGGUACUGGACUGCCCAGACCGGAGGUAGUGCGCUGGUUUGGGGACUGUCGCUACAUGCAGAAGAACGGACAGCUGAAGUGGCUUGACGCUCACCAGAAAAUCGCUCUGGAAGAAGAGCUUCAGAAGGUUGAUGAACAGAUCCUCCAGGCCUGCUUUGACACCCACGGGGGGCUGCAGGAGUCACAGUUGCAGGAACUGGCCGAGGCUAGUGGUUUAACUGCAGACUUGGUGAGAUAUUGGUUCAGCACCAAGGCGUCUUUGCACGGGGUGGAACACACUGCUGCUGCUGUAGUUGCUCGAGGUGCAGCAACUGACCCACAAAAAGGAUCCUCCCCUUUGGAGCCACAGCCAGGAGGUGGGACGGAGGAGAAAAUGGAGCAGUCGGUGUGUGGUUUCUCAACAGAGGCGGAGGAGGCCAACCCUGACAAGACUGUGAAUCCUACUGAAGGAACUGACUGAAGAGGCCUUUUGUCUGAGGAUGGGGCUCACAAUGCAGGUGGUCUUUGUGUCGGCAGUCUGAGGGAGCGACAGCAGAUGCGGCUGUAACAGGAUCACUGGAUGGACCUUGAAAAAAAAAAACAUCCUCACCCAUCCCUCCUCUCCCUCGCUCACACCCCUAGAGGUAGGCAUGACCUCCCCCACUACGUGAGAUGGACACUAAAGCCACUAUACCCCCCUUUUCCCCAUCCAUCCGUCAACCAACCCACUCCCGUUCUGUCUGCCCCUCCACUACACGCCUCAUCUCAAGCCCCCCCCCCCCUGCCCAAUCCACCAUUUUCCCUCCAGAAGGAAGUUCCACUGCAGACUGAAGUGGAGGAGGGAGGGGCAGCGUUGCUCUACUGUGGUUGUUCUGCCUGCCUGCUGUGAUGUGAGACAAGAAGAAAAAGUGGACGUGGAGGGAGAAAAAAGGAGAAAGUUAGUCCAUAUUGAGACCUCCGCAGAUGUUGAUCAGGAGUUUCGGGGUGAGUUGUUGGACAGUAAUUGACCAAACCGGACUCAGUUGAGGAUUGUUGGACAGUUUGUUUAAGGGUACGAAAACCGGCGCAGUUUCUGCUCUGCUCCAGGGUGCUUGCCUCAGCCUUAAAGUGAUUCAAAUAAUUGUUCUAUUGUGUCAUCCUCGUACUCCUUUUCCUACCAACUUGCACUCAUACACUUUGACUUCAUUGCUUGCAGCUUACUUUGAAUGUUAGCCAGGCUUUUCAGUGUCAUAUCUGAAACACAGCACUGAUGUUCAUUUGAUUAUUGAGCUCCUUUCUUUUCUUUCUUUUUUUACUUCUCUUUUCUUGCCUUAGCUGUAUGAAAUAUUUGGUUAAAAAGGACAUUAAACUGUAAGAGAAACACAAUCUGUCAUCCAAAGAAGGCAAGCACCCUGCUGUUGAAAGACAAAAAAAGAAAACCACACUUUAGAAGACUGCCUGGAUGGAACCUGGUUUGUGUUGUAGCAUCAAGUGCUUCUUUUCAUCACCGACGUGUACGUAUCUUUGUUUUUAUGGAACUUUCCUAUUAAAUAAAUUUGACUGUAAAAGAACUGUGAACUUUUACCAGAGUUCCAUGCUUAGGCUUGAUGUAUAAUUUUUACAGGUGGUAUUUGCAGAAUAAAAAGAAUGUAAUAAA